CUUGAAUAACCGACAAUAUUCAAAGCCGAUUGCCUCCUCGGGCUUUAGCCUAGUGUUGGGAUGGAUUUCAACGAAACCGUGAAUCGAAGCAAAAAAAAAUAUAUGCAAAUAAAAAGCAAAUGCAAAUACAUAAAGGCGGCCGUGAGGUGUGUUUGUUGCUCAAUUUUUACGGUUUAUUGUUUUGGGUAAAAAACUAAAAAUUCAUAGGUGGUCACAGGCACAAAUAUAAGUUCGAAUUACCCACUCGCUCGAGCUCAUUCUCAUAUGCUUUUUCGAGAUUUUCAUUGAUAAGAUCAAGGCUUGCUCCAACAGGGAUGCGAUUGGGGGUGCUCUUCUUGAAAAAAUUCAACAGUUGUUCUCAUCUUCGCCAGGAAUCCGAGUAGGCAGAACAAUAAGGUAACUCAUAUGCUGGUUAGAAAGGCUCUGUCUUUAUUUUCUACUGGUUGUAAUAUUUGUUGUUUCAGAUUGUGGUUGUGGUCGGAAGCUACAACGAAGUAAGCGAAAAAUAAAAAAGAAUUAUUUAUUGAUGAUUUAUGUGUUAUCCUAUCGUAGGAAUGUGACAAUGUACACAUAUCCUUGCUCCGAUUGGCCUCUCUAACAAGAAUGGGUCGAUCAAUAAGCCAAAUUCGUGAUUGCUCGUCAAGAACCUAGCAGGCUAGCACACAACCUCAAUCGUCCAAGGUUCCCCAAUAAAUAAAAUCGAGUUAUUUGUAAAUGGAUGUCCUCCCUCCAAUCACUUUCAAAUAAUUCAUUUUUUCGUCACUACUUUCAAUUUUAAAUCUCCCUUUAUAAACCCAAUACUAUUUUUUUUCUUCAUUUAACCCAAUACUUUUCAAGAAUACUUUUAAUUAUUUUCUAGAAAUAUAUAUAUUCUUUACUAUUUAGGAAAUCGGUUUCAAAUAUAGGUUAUAUUUGAUAGUAAAGAAAUAUACUUUAGCACCAUUACAAUUUGUACAGAAAAUUAAAAAAAAUAUCUAAAAAUAAAAAAAUAGUAUUAUAUAUGGCAAAUCCCCAAAUAAUACGUUACAUAUUGGUUGAAAAAUAAAUUUUAUUUUUGUUGUUGACUUUAUUAGGAUAGCUAACAAGCAAAUGAAACAUAUGUAAGAGCAAAUUAUAACAUUAUACAAAUAACUCAUAUAAAAAUUUGUAAAUAAACAACACAUUUGAAAAUGUCUACAUUGUCAAAUGCCUAUAUUUGGCCAAAUGAUUCCUUUUGUAAGUAUACCAAACAAACGACCCUUGAUCUUCUAAGACUUCGCCAAUAAGGGGAAAAAACAUGACAUCUAAUCAUCGCGCUCCCAAUUGAGUAUUUCGAUAACAUAAUAAUGCGGAUAUCUGAAGGAUAUAACAUACGAUUAUUUUACCGUACCUGUAAAUUCCCAUGCAACGCCCAAAUAAUAUAUUUUUUUCCAUAUUUCAAAAUACACCUACUGAAAUUUCGGCUUUGGAGAAAUCCUACCCUUUUUUUCAUCCCUCCUUUAAAAAUUGAAAGGCUUUGUCUAGUACUCAAAAUACUGUAUCAUGCAUGACUGCAAUAAAUUACUUGAAAUACUUCCCUCCAUCUGUGAAGUUUCAUACGACACAAUAAACAGGAGGCGAGUAGUUGAAGCCUGAAGGUAUUUAGGGUAAUUAGUAUCAAUGGUAACAAAUCUUUGCACUUAGUACAAAAUGGUCACAAACCUUUAAUUUGUAUCAAUACGGUCACAAAAAUUUUGAAAUUGUAUAAAAUGGUCACCGCUAUUUAAUUUAUGACCGUUUUGUUUUAAGUGCAAAGGCUUGUUACCGAAUCGUUACAAAUUAAAUGUUGGUCAUGUUUUGAGGUCGGGUAGUUUGUUCGUUAAGUAUAUGACACUAACCACUUGAACGACAUAUAAGAUGUCAGGUCAUGUGUUCAUCGACAUAUUUGCUUUGCCGAAUAAGAAUGCCCUCAGUUGACCUUUCAAUUUCGAUACCAAGAAAGUAAGAAAGUAGACAUAGUUUUUUCAACUAAAAAGCAGUCUAGAACCCGUUUGUGAGCCAUUGAAUUCUCUCAUUGUCAUCCUAAACAACACAAUAUCAUUCACAUACAUUAACAAAACCACCAUACAACUAGAGUGAAUUGUAACGGUGAUUGAGCGUUCAAACUUUUGAACUUAAUUUGUACAAAAUGGUCACCAAAAGUCUACUUUGCAACGACACGGUAACAAAAGUUUGAACUGGUAUGAAAUGGUCACACUGUUUAAUUUGUGACCGUUUUGUUCUAAGUAAAAAAGUUUUGUUAUCAAAUAGUUAUAAAUUAAAGGUUUGUGACUGUUUUGUACUAAGUGCAAAGGUUUGUUACCAUUUAUGCUAAUUACCCAAGGUAUUUAAGAACAGCAUUGAUCUUCAUCUCCUUUCCCUUCUCCAUACCCAAACCGCAUUAUAUGCAGGCCACAUGCAAACUUGUACCAGUGCACAGAUACAAACCUUUCCAUACUUCCACAGUAACAGGUACAAACUACGAAUUACUCACAUGGUUUGUUCAAGUGAAAAAUUGGACCGUACAUGUCAAGUGGAAUGUACUUAGUGGUACAAUCGUAAUUCAAUUGAGGAUUAGUUAGGAAAGAAACUUGAAGUUGGAAAUAAAUAUUGAUAAUCAAAGAACUCACAAGAUUUCUUUCAGAAAAAAUUGGAUGCAUGGAGGCAAUGCAGUCAAAGUCUAACUUUUAAGAAAAGCGGAAUAAUGGGCAAAAGUGGAAGCGCAAAAACGAAAUGUAAAAGCGUAAGCUCCUACCUAUAACUUUUAUUUUUCUUAAAAUAAACAAAUAAGUGAACUAGCUCAUAUAUUAAAUCACUUUAACAAGCAUAAAUUAAACUAAUAGACUUUUAAACAAGCAUUUACUGUCCUCCUCCUGCUUUGGGAGAAAAAAAUAUGAUAAGAUAAAUCAUCUACAAAUGAUGAAGCUACAAGGGCUAUAGGCAAGCUUCACUGAUAAAUGAAAGUGGCAGCAAAUGAGAGGCUGAAUGAGAUGAGCUUCGACGACAACGUAGUCACAGGGGUGGGAGUUGCAAGGAUGGGAAAGGACGUUGACAUUCAUGUGUCUCUAUCAUGUCAAUAUCAUAUUGUCAAGUCAAUAUUACUAACAAAAUUGCUAACUGAAAGUUAACAUUUGGCUAAUAACAAAUAAUCCAAAAAAGGUUUGGCUAAUAACUAGUCAUUGCCCUUUGUAUUUUUAGACCAUGGUUCUCAAGUUUUGGUCCAGACUUAUUCGAGUUGACCAUUGCAUACUCCUACAAUAUUGUCUUGAUAACCGGAUAUUAAAAAUCUAAAAAAAAAGUAAUUUAAAAGCUAUCUAGACUCUGACUAGGUUUGAGGACUUUUACUUGAGCUUUUGGUAAAAAGAAUUGUGAAUACAAGCUAUAAUAUUUGGCUGAGUCUAUAAACUUUAGAAUUAGCUUAUGAAUGUAUAUGAUUAUGAUUUUGCUCGAGAAUAAUGGAAUUUGAUUGAGGACGGCGGAGAUGACAGAGGAAAAUUGUGUUCGUAAUGAAGGUUAGGAUAAUGAAACGAGUGGAUUGGGAGUUAUGGUGAGUAGAUCCGUACCCAUAAAUUACAACUAGGUGAGUGUCCCUCUCUAGUUUGUGUAUUGUUGUACAAUAAAUUACAACUUGUCUGGUAAUAUAAAAAUGAGCAAAUUUUUAUUUAUUUUUCCUACUAUAUUACAUUGGACUUUGUAACGGUGAUUUGGAAGUCACCGUAACUUGCACUUUUCGGUCAAUUUUAAAUAGGAUUAGGUCGACCUAAUCUACUGUUUCAGUUUUGUGAGGCUCAACGACGCGGUUGACCUUUUACCGCAAGUGGUCGACAUCUUUGGGAAGCGAAUAAUAUAAAGGUCGACCCAAAUAUCUCAAAGGUCGAUCAUUUUGCUAUUAAAAGGUCAUCCUUUGUUUCAUUAACUGAUCAACAUCAAAUUAGGGAUUAUUUAGAAAAAUAGAAUAGACGGUCGACAUGACAAGUACGAGGUCGACCGUGUGCACAACAUAUAUGUAUUUGAUAAAGAUUCCAACACAAAAAAUGUAACCCUAACUUGUCUACCGCUUAAUUCGACCCAAUCUCGUCCUAAAUAUCUAUAAAUAUGAAUAUAUGUCACCUUCACCGCCACCGUAACUCUGAAUUUUAUUUUUUUGUACGGUUAGAGCUUUUGUGAAGAAGAAGAAGAAGAUCCUUUGCAGUUGUUGUUGUACGUGUUUCAAGAGGUCGACCUAUUUUAGCUAUUGUUGUCAUCUUGUCUAAUUCGUAAUUUGCAACCGUUUAAUUUGAUGUUUUGUUGCGUGCAGAAGAGCAAUCGGUUGACCCUUAUUUCAAUUAGGUCGGCCUAUCUUUGAAAAUUGCAAGAAAUUGAAUUCAAGGCACAACACUCGGACUUCUGUACUUGCGAGGUAAGGAAGAUCAAACCCAAUAGGUCGAUCUAAUUCUUAUCAUGGUCGACCAUUCAUGUUUGUUUUGCUUGUUUAUCCAGAAUGUCGACUUUGGCUUUGUUUGUAAGACUAUGUUGUGCUUAAAAGGUCGGCUGGUCAAUGUGUCUGGGCGACCUAUUAAUUGUUCGUGGUAGUAUUACACAUGUUUUUUUUUUUUUUUUUGAUAAAUUGGUUUUGGUAAUGACAACUUACAUCUUUAAGGUCGACCUAAUAAUAUUUCAGGUCAACCACUUCUCUGUUGUUGGUCAUUUGUACAAAAUUAGAGUGACCACUUUAGGAGGAUUCGGUCGAUCGCACUUAGAAAUAGGUCGACCGAAUUAUGUAAGUUACGAUGACUUAUAAGACACCAUAGGCGCACCCUAUUACAUUACCAUUUGUUAAUAAUUUUCGAAGAGUUUGUAACACAGACAAUUUGUAAACGUGAGAAAAGAAUGUUUGCAAAUGUUUGAUUAAAUAUUAUUAACUAUUUAUGUUUAUCUACACACUCAUUAGCCACUUACAAGGAAUUAUGACGCAUGGUAGACGUGCUCAUGUAAACUUUAUACUGAACUCUGUUUUCUCUCUGCAAGCAGCCAUAGUCGUACUUUGGAAUUCUCAUCAAUCCUCCAUAGAAGUAAAAAUGAUUUAAUGUAGAUCUGUUCUCCAAAAUUUUAUCAGUCAAACACCCUCAUUCGAACUAUGUUUGAAGAAUUUUUUUCUUCUUUUUUAUGCUUAUGUUUGAAGACAUUAUGAGCAAAAUAAUUCAUCAGUUAUUCAUUCGAUUAUCAAUUAUACCGCUAACAAACUAACCGAUUAACAAUCCUACUAGUAUCCAUGCUCUCAGAGUAGCCAGUAGCCAGCCAGCAACCACUACCUGCUCUGCCCUGCCCUGCCGCUCUUCAUUUGCCUUUUCUUCUUUUGCCUCUCCAUCCAUCCCUCUGUUUUCCUUUAACCUUUCCCUUUGUUUCUAUCUCUUCAGACUUGUGUCAGCUCCCCAAGUAUUUACUCACUGCCCUCACCUCAAAGUCCUUUCCUUGCCUCCUCGCUGUCACCACUCUGCCAAAGCCAAACGCCCGCACACACAAUUCACAAUUACUAUUUACUACAACCAACCCCCGCCCUGUCACCACACAGAUUGUUUUUACUUACUCUGUUUUCCUCCAUUCUUUCUCCCUCUGCCCUUCCCCCCAAAUUUCACUCACCAUCAAACCCACCCUUCUCUUCUUUGUCCCUUCACUUUUACCAUUUCUCGCUUCCACCUUCUCACUUUCAGUACUUCUUUUGCUUGCUCUCUUUCUGCAUUCCCAACCCACCUUUCCUUCUUCUUCUUCUCUCCCUCUUCCUGUCCUUCUGUUACUCCAUGUAAAGCAAGAGGAAGGAGGAGAAAAGAAGGAGAAUGCAUGUUUUGUUGCUGGAGACUGGAGUCGUCCAUUGUUGAGACCAGAAAGUGAAAAUCUUUCGACUUCCAGAAAAAAAAAGGGAAAUGGCGGCCCCUGCCACCGCCCCUGCAUCAGGUUGUUCUCCCCACUCUUCUUCCUCCGUUAAAUCGUUGCCGCCGCCGUGCCCCAAGUCGCCGCCGGACUACCCUGAUUUGUAUGGCAAACGCAGGGAAUUGGCUAAAGUUCAGAUGCUCGAGCGAGAAAUUAACUUCCUUGAGGAAGAGGUAAAAUUUGUACAAAGUCUACAGCCAGCAUCCCAAUGCUGCAAAGCAGUGAGCGAUUUUGUGGUAGGGAACCCGGACCCGCUGAUACCCACAAACCGAAAGAACAGAAGGUCCUGCCGAUUCUGGAAAUGGCUAUGUGGGAUACCCUGUUUCAACUUCUCAUGGAUUUGCUGCUGCUCCUGCUCCGGAUUCUCUUGCCGUUGUCCGAAAUUGCCACGCUGCUGCGUCUGUAAACCCUGCCCUCGCACAUCCAGUUGCUGUUCCAGCCGCGGCUGCGACGGCUGUUGUAACUACAGCAGCUGCCUCCCGCCGCCACCCAACAACUGGCCCUGCUGCUGCUUCUCCUCCGCCGCCGCUUCCUGUGGCUGCCGUUUUCCCAGCUUCAAUUGCUGCAUCUGCGGAAACUGUAGAAAGGUCAGCAGCGGUGGCGGAGGCAGCGAGACGAACAGCUCCUGCUGCUGUCCUGAUUUGAGUUCUUGCUGUUGCGCUUUCAAGUUCCCUUCUUUUUCUUGCUGCUCGAAAAAUGGCUGCGGCGGCGGCGAGAAGAACAACUCUUGCUGCACAUUGAAAUGGUGCUGCUGUCCCAAGGUACGGCGCCCUCGUUGUUGCAAAUGUACAAAGAAUCAGUGUAACUGCUGCAGUAAUCCAUGCUGCUGCUGUCCAUCGUUCUGAUGAUUUCCAGAGGAGAAGAAAAGUAGGAAUUGCAUAAUUGAUUAGUGGGCUUGAAGGGAAGCGCCUGUGUACCGUUUGAUUGGAAUUGGGCUUCUCCUAUGGAUAUGAAUCUACACAUAAUAUAAUACAUAAUAUAAUACGCCGAAGGGAAAAACGGGAGCCCCAUUUCAAAUUUCCUGCAACGAGAGUGAAAGUAGGAAGGACAUUUUGGUCUUCACAAUUACUUUUUUUUAUUCAUUAAAAAGACACGUACUGGGAUUCGAACCAUGACCAUUUUAAAGAAAAGCAAGGAUAAUAACCAAUCACACUAAGCACAUUUAUUGUAUCUUUUUAAAUUAGAAACAUAUAAUAGCAGGGAGGAAAAAACCCUUCCCCCAUUUCAAAUUCCCUGCUCCAUGAGCGUUUGUAGGAAGGGUAGAAUAGGGAGUGUCAAUUUUUUUUCUCUUUCCUCUGUGGAACGGGCCAACUUACCGUACACAUGUGAAUUUAAACGGGCCCAGGAGUGUCAAUUUUUUUUUCUUUAAGCCCUUUUAUUUCUCCGUGGUGACAAAAUAUAUAUGAAAAGGUAAAAAUAAUACUCCUUUUUAUUGUUAAAAAUAAAACAUUUAACAAUAAACUAAUGCAUGGUAUCUAAUAGGCUAACCGCCAACCAUAAAAUAAAAGAGUUGAAUGUGCCUGACCUACAUGGGAUUUGGCCAUCAAGUAAAAUAAAUGAACAUCAUUGGUUUGUCAUUCUAAAAUAAGCUAAUUUCUCUGACAUAAUAUAUAUUAUGCUAUUAUUUUAUAUCUUAGUGGCUAAAAUAUAAUGUAUUUUAAAGUUAUUCAAUGGUUCAACCUCGACCAACACAAUUAGUCCAAUUUUUAUCAUUUCAAAUAUAUAUUUUAUAAUUAUUUGAUAUCAUAAUGAUCAAAUUAUAGUGUAUUUUAUAGGGAAUCGUUUGGUAUUUGUUAGUAAAAAAUUAAACAUAAAGAUCUAUUUGGUUAUUUUAAACAUUAUAACGAUUCUAAACAUUUUCAGUUCCUUUUGAAUUUUUAUGGUUUUAUUCCCGAAUAACUGAUGUGCAAAUGGCGAAUUGUAGUCGUCUCUUUUCUUUCACUAUUUUUUAUUUUCAAAUAGAAAGUUUAAAAGUAAAGAAUAAUUAGAAUUUGGCAUGGGUCGUCAAACAGGCUGAAUUUCAAGUUUUGGGCCGUUUGUUUUAUGCAUUGCAAAUUUAUUAGCAUUUUGAUAAAAAUGGCUUGGAAAAAAGACAUAUAAGUUGUACCUUUGCAGAAAUGUCCUCAAAUGUUUUAAUGCUUUGUGAAUCAAGUUCCGUGACUUUUGUGAUGGUGUAUGUGCUUGACAAUUGCUCGAUGUUGUAAUUGCUUAAUUUGAGAGUAAAUCUUUUGAUUUUCCCUAUGAGUUGUGAUACCAGUUCUGGUGGUUGCAGCAUGUUGUCGUUGUUAGCCUGUAAAAGUUGUUCCGCCGUGGUGCUAAAUACCUUUCUUUCUUUUUUAACAAAUUGUGUAGUAGUGCUAUGAAACAGACCACCCAUGAACGCUACGCUUAUUAUGGUCUGUUCUUACUUCCGGUGGUGAGAAAUUGUGAAUUGAGAAUCAUAUUCGCCUACCGCACUGUGUCUGGCUGGUGGCUGCUUACUGUGCUCUCUAGAGUUAUGAAACAGACUACCCAUGAACGUUUCCCUUAAGAGUCCAUAACUUUUGCGAAAAACCAAAUUUAGGCAAUCAAAGGUGGUGGAUGUGUGAUGAUUUUUUAUGGCUUAAUUGUUUGUGAAUUGGAUAUCUGAUCUUUGUAUGAUUGGAGGGGAUGUUUGCUUAAUAGAAUAAUCCAUUUUAAUUCAUGUUUAUUUUUAACAUGAACUUUAGUAACUCAAAACCUUCGAGACACAUAUCACCUACUGCAUUGUAUCAUUUUGCCUGGGUGCUUGCUGUGUUGUCAAACUUCUUUGUUGCUGCUGCUUUUACACUAACAGGGGAGUUAAAAACCCAUGAAUGUUUCCGUUUGACACAAACAGGAGGACUUGCUUCUAAAUCGUGCACUAAAGAUGAUUGGAGGAAACAUCUCUAUUGCAGUUGAUAUACUGGAGACCAGAAAAAAAGCAAUGUAUAACAUCAAAACCAACCAUCUGAACUAUUAGCAUUGUUGCUUUACUAUUUUUUCGUGGUUGAGUCUCCUUCAAAAAAUUUAGUUUGAUUUUAGAAAAUUUUGCUUCUGCAGUCCUGUCUUGCCACCAACGCGUUCAGUAGAUGGAGAUGGCAGAGGCGAAGGCUAUUUUUGUGUUGUUGUUGCUGGUUUAGGGAUCGGUUUGUGAAGAAGAGGGAGAAGAGAGGGGGAAAGGGAAAUGCAGGAGAGGGGGGUAACUCUUUUUUCUGACAAAAAUGGAGUGAAGAAAGGAAUUAUGAUCAGUAAGGAUAUGGUUAUCUUACAUAACGGUCUCUAUUCUGUUUGAAUUGAGCUUGGGAGGCAGUGAUAAGGACGAGCUGCAACCAAUUCAUAGUGAGAAGAGAGCUAUGAACUGUGAUCAUGUCUUAUUUCAAGUUAGAAGGUAGUUUCAGUAUAAGGAUUAUUUAAUUUGACAAGUUGUUUCGUCCAUGAUUCUUGGUAGUUUCAGUGCCAUUCUAGCCAUUGUUUAGUCUGUAAUUUUUGAGAAUUGAUGUGCGAGUAAUGACUUUCACUUAGCUUCAACAAUUAUGUGUGUAUUUAUUGACAUGUGAUAGAAAUCUCUUUUCCUUUUCUUUGAAUUCAGUUUCAUACUCUAAUUGUAUCAUUUGUACAUAGGCAAAUCAUGCUCGAGAUGACAACUCGCUGAUAAGGCUGGUGCAAGGAACGGAGCCAUCAUUAGAAUUCAUACCGACAACGGGGAGGGAUGCCCAGGACUAAUUCAAUGAUGAUUGAUGAUGGUAUAAUAAAAACUGCAGUCUGCAUCAACACCAAUUUCUAGGCCUAAGUAAAGUUAUUCAACCCAGAACUCUGCUUAGCGCUAAAAAUUUCCCUCACCCAACCUUGAUCCUGUUUGACCCACUUCUGAAGAGUCAAGAUAUAUGAAUAUGACUAAUCCUCUCCGUUCGUAUUUUCUUAUUGACUCUUUCUGACCCUUUAGGUUGGGGCGGGUCGGGAAGAAUCGGAUUAGUGGGUCGGUCCUAAUCAAGUGGAAUCCCAAUCCCUUCACUCUCACUUGCUUUCUCUCCUAUUCCACAAGUGGGUAACAAACAGUAAUCCGGCCAACGGGCCGGGUAAUAGGCUAGUACUAUGUAUACGAAAUGACCAAUUAGUUAGCUAAUUAAUUAAUAAGAAAUGGGUUAGUAAUUACGAAUAUUAUCUGUGAUUAGUUAUUAAUUCUUGUUUAUAUUUUGGUUAACUUAGAUAUUCUAAUGAGUAAGGGUAAGUGCUAAUCAGUUUGGUUUCGAUUAACCACUAAUUGAUAUGGUGGUUAGCGGUUAAUCAAUAAGCAAAAAUGAA